CGAAGAGCCAACUCCACCAAACCUAAACAAUACAACUGGUGAAGUGUGCGCACGAUGCCUCACCGCACAGCUUCUCCCACGGCAUUCGAAAAUGAGUUCGAUAUUACGAAAUCUCUCUUUAACGAUGAUUCAGACGGAGACGAUUUCGCAAUCGCAAAGGGAGGAAAGGACGGAGAGACACUAGAUGCUGGUGGAAUUCUGGAUUUAUCUCUCGAGAGCGACGGAGAAGGCGAUGAAGCUUUUAUCGCAGGCCAGCAAGCCGCUUCGAAUCGAAAGUCCUCCAAUGUCAAAGGAAAAAGUGUGAAGAAGGGCGGUGGUUUCCAGGCUAUGGGUACGAAUACUUCUUUUUGAAUUGCAAGUAAGCUUGCUAAUUUAUGGCAGGAUUAAAUGCAAAUUUGCUCAAGGCAAUCAGUAGAAAAGGAUUCUCAGUUCCUACGCCGAUUCAGCGGAAAACAAUACCCCUCGUCCUCGACCGUCAAGAUGUGGUGGGAAUGGCUAGAACUGGUUCAGGAAAAACGGCAGCAUUCGUGAUACCAAUGAUUGAGAGGCUGAAAAUGCAUAGCGCAAGAGUUGGGGCUAGAGCUCUGAUUCUUUCCCCUUCUCGAGAACUUGCGAUUCAAACUUUGAAAGUUGUCAAGGAGUUUGGCAGAGGGACAGAUUUGAAAUGCGUCUUGCUGGUGGGAGGAGACAGUCUAGAGGAACAAUUCGGAUUCAUGGCCGCCAAUCCAGAUAUUGUCAUUGCUACGCCAGGUCGAUUUCUGCAUCUCAAGGUUGAAAUGUCUCUCGACUUGUCAUCGGUCAAAUAUGUGGUUUUCGAUGAAGCCGAUCGUCUUUUCGAGAUGGGAUUCGCGGCCCAAUUGGCAGAAAUUUUACAUGCGCUGCCAAUAUCAAGACAGACGCUUUUGUUCUCUGCCACUCUUCCAAAAUCGUUGGUAGAGUUUGCGAGGGCUGGUCUUCAGGAGCCAAGUUUAGUCCGCCUCGACGCGGAAAGCAAGGUCUCACCGGAUCUUCAAAGUGCCUUUUUCAGUGUCAAAAGCGCCGAAAAGGAAGGUGCAUUGCUUCACAUUCUCAAUGACUUGAUCAAAAUGCCUACGGGCGUUCCAGAAGGUGCGAAAAACAUACAAGAUGGAAAGAAGCGCAAAAGAGGCGCCGAGGGCCCAAAUCGAAAACAAAAGCCUUCAGAGCACUCGACAAUCAUCUUUGCUGCUACAAAGCACCAUGUUGAUUAUUUGGCAUCUUUACUCCGACUUUCUGGUUUCUCGGUGUCUCACGCUUAUGGUUCAUUGGAUCAAACUGCUAGAAAUAUGCAAGUUGAAGAUUUCCGGACGGGUAUGACCAAUAUUUUGGUAGUCACAGAUGUUGCUGCUAGAGGUAUCGAUAUUCCUAUUUUGGCAAACGUCAUCAAUUAUGACUUUCCUCCUCAACCAAAGAUCUUUGUUCAUCGUGUUGGUAGAACCGCAAGAGCUGGCCAGAGAGGUUGGAGUUACAGUCUUGUUCGGGAUACCGACUGUCCAUAUCUCUUGGACCUGCAGCUUUUCCUGGGCAAGCGACUAUUGCUUGGCAAAGAAAGUGGUGACGCCCCCAACUAUUCCGAAGAUGUGAUUGUCGGUGCGAUGGUCAGAGAUAAGUUAGAAGCCACGAGCGAAUGGAUCGGUAAGUUACUUGGAGAUGAUGAUGAUCUUAGUCUCCUUCGAACAGUCGCUGCAAAGGGAGAGAAAUUGUACAUUAAAACCCGAAACUCGGCGUCAAGUGAGAGCGCAAAUCGCGCCAAGGAGGUGGUCGCCUCUCAAGGGUGGAUGCAAUUGCACCCUCUAUUUCACAACGAGACAAAUAACGCAGAGCAGGCGCGAAUAGACAUGCUGGCCAGAAUUAGUGGAUUCAGGCCCCAGGAAACUGUCUUUGAAAUUGGCUUUCGAGGAAAGGCUGGACAUGGUGAGGCUGCAGAGAUGAUGAGACAUCGAAGAGAGAAGAUCAUUCCUCGAAGACAAAAGGAGGAUUUAGAGAAGGCUGCGGCAAAAGCGAAGGAAGGGGAAGAUGCGCCAGAGAGUGGCGAUGACUUUGACGCAUUGGAAGAAGCACCAGAAGAGGCAGAAGAGGACGACGAUAGCGAGCUGGAAGUUACUGUAACGGGUGGCGAUAAUGAUAUGGAAGAGGCUUCCGACGGCGAACUUGAAGUUACAUUCUCAAAAUCAGCACAAAAGGGGAAAGGUCGGACGUUAGGAUGGAAAGAUUCUGAGAACUUCAUGUCAUACACACCAAAAAAUAUCAACACAGCAGAAGAACGUGGUUAUGGUGUGCAUUCGGGGUCAUACAAUACUGCUUCUCAAAACUCCAACUUUGUUGAAGCAGCUCGGGGUGCUACUAUGGAUCUUACCAACGAUGAUGGAGCGAAAUCUUUCGCGGAGCCUGCAAGAGCCAAGGGCAUGCGCUGGGAUAAAAAGAACAGCAAAUAUGUCGCCCGAGCCAACGACGAGGAUGGUUCUAAAGGUAAGAGGAUGAUCAUGGGAGAGUCUGGACAGAAGAUUGCUGCUAGUUUUCAAUCGGGACGUUUCGACCGCUGGCGCAAAACACACAAAGUUGAUCGUCUUCCUCGCAAUGGGGAAGUUGAACGUGAAGCUGCUGCUGGUGGUGGUGGUAUUGGUCGUGGAUUCGGAACGAGGUACAAGCACAAACAGGAGAGGGCUCCAAAAGAAGCGGAUCGUUAUAGAGACGAUUUCCAUGUGCGGAAGAAGCGUGUGGAUGAGGCUCGGGAAAAGAGGGUUGGGAGGUUUAGAGAUGGGGGUGGAAAGCGGGAGAUCAAGAGUACAGAGGAUAUUAGAAAGGAGCGGAAGCUGGCAGAACGGAAGAAGGCCAAAAAUGCUCGACCAUCUAAGAAGGGAAAGAGAUGAUGAGUUGUGUACGAGUAUCGAGCGAAGAGAUUUGUCGCCCAAGUUCGUAAGGAGAACAAUGAAUUGACGCUCAACUCUUGAUAAGCGAGAACGGCCGAACUUGGAUCCAUGAGUAGGCGACCUCGGGAGGCAGGGCAUUCCCAGUCACGCGACUUCGCGAUUGGAGGGUCUGUGCUUAUAACCGAGUAUUGAACCGCGCCGCGUACUCGUAAAUUCCACAAAACUAAAACUUGGAACACGUACACUCCACUCCACUGUACAGUACUCAACGUCAUCCAGCAAAUUUUUAUUUCACAGAAACACCAUACCUAUACCAUACAAUUCCUUCCAACAUGACACCGUCGUUGGACUCUGCCCUCCCCGUCUCAACUGAGGAUGCCUACGGUACGGUUAAGGCAUCUGGCUCCCUCUCCCUUGAGAACCGCCUCCCUACCGAAAUCCUGACCAGAGUUAUCAGAAAUAUCAUCCAUGUACCUACCCUGGCGGCUCUCGCUCGCACUUCUAAGUACAUCUCAGAAAUCGCAUAUCCUUUUUUAUACUGUUCGUUCCGAGAACUUGAGGAGAGUUCUUGUUUACCAAAUUUUCUACGCACCAUCUUGCUGAAGCCAGGUCUAGCCCAGCAUGUAAAGACAUACAUUGGCUAUAACUCCCCCUAAUCGCUGGCGAUGGAACUGGGUUACAUGACAGCCUCAGAGCUCGUUCUUUUUCGAGAAGCCAUGGAGGCAACCAAGGAACAUUGUCCAGACACAGAUGAAGCACGAUGGAGGCGGAUAAGAGGAGGAAAUGCCGACGACCUCACAGCGCUUUUGCUUUGUCUUCUCCCCAAUCUUGAAAAUAUACAAUUACUAAACCACGGAAAUUACAAUGAAGGCCAUCCCCGACUCGAGCGAAUGCUUCGAAGGGUUGCAGAGAACCAAGAGCCCAAAAACAAUUCGCCUCUUCAAAGACUGAGACGCGUCAUCCUCGACGGUGGCAUAGGAGAAGAAUAUUUUCCCACCAGUGGAAUAGCAAUCUUUCAAGUUUUACCAUUUCUUGCCUUACCAACGGUCCAAGCGCUCUCGUGCCAUAUCCUCCAAGGUCAAACGUGGCCUCAUAAUGAUUUUGGAAUACAUGCUUUUCAACCAACAUUUGUUCCGGGAUCAAUUUAUGUCGACGUGGAUCCAAAGCCAGACUUUCGCUUCUCAAAGACUAGUCUCUCAAUAAAGCAUGCUUUUGUUACUCAUGAGCAUCUCGCUCAGUUUCUCGGAUUUUUCGAAUCCUUCCAGCGACUGGAGUACGAUUUCAGGUACCAAGAUCAUCCCCACCAAGGUGAAGAAUGGGAAGACAUAGACUUUGCACCGCGAGCAUUCCACAGUUGUAUCUCUUAUCUGAGAGAUUCACUAGAAGAACUUGUUAUCAGUGAGGACCAAUUCCUAGAAAAGAUCGAAAACCCGGAAGCCGAUCUCCCAAUAAGCUCGAUGACGGCGUUUCACAAGUUGAAGAGCCUACAAAUGCCCGCUCACAUGCUAUUCGGAAAAUACCGACAGGAUCCAGCACAUGAGCAAUACUCGGAUUCGUUCAUCUCUGAACUUACAAGCUUAUUUCCGGAGUCUUUGGAACAGCUCACCAUCACUAGAUGUGACCCCGCCCAGUUCUCAAAUCUGAAGAAAUGGGCGGGGCGAGAGCUGCCACAAAGUUUGAGGAAGAUCAGAAUUGUCCUGAGUCCCGAUACCUGGGAUCAAAUCGAACCAUUUCUAGAUUUUGAUUAUAAAGAUUUCUCUGACCGCGGUACUUGGAACUUUAACGGAGUCGAUUUUAGUUUUGAGGCACCCUUGCCCACCCGCUAUACAAAUAGUUGUCCCGAGUGCGAGGAAGUUGAGUCAUGGAAAAAGGAUAUGGGAUUUCACUGAUGGUUGAAAUAGGGGCCUGGAUCGCAUUGGCAAUUGUAAUACCAAAAAGAGUGAAACUGGUACACAUAGUAGAGCCCCGUCUUUCUUCUGGUGACCAAUAGAUGCUCACGGUACUAUCUCUUCUCUAUUGAUCGUUUUCUGCGAGAAUAUUUUGUAGCUAGUUUUCCCUUUCGCUUCUGUGGCAGCAAUGUAAAAUUGGAG